AUGAAUAAGAAAGUGUGUCAAUGGUUCAAUUCUUUAUGGAUUUAUAUUCCCGAUGAAUUGGGAAAUGAUGGAAACUAUCAAUUUUUAUAUAAUCAUCAAAAUUUAAAAAAGUAUUGUACUAAUAAUAAUUGUGCAACUGAGUUCGAUAAAAUUAAUGCUGGAUGUUUAUAUUUGUUUAAUGCAUUAUUUGUGGAUUAUAAUGCGUUUAAAGAUAAUUCAAACAAUAACAUCGAUGUUGUUUAUUACAUUAUUAUAUGGUUAAGUUAUAUGUUAAGCCUAAAAAAAGAUAACGGAAUCAAUAAAUUAAACGACUUCUAUACUGAGCAUAUAGAAACAAAUACGCAUUAUAAUAAUAAAAUAGAAGGUGUUCGUGAAUAUAAAUGUUAUAAGGGAAUCAUAGAUAAAAAAAAUGAUUUGUUGGAUAUGGAUAAUAAUAUUAUAUCUAAUUUUUAUAAAGCAUUUAAAUCAUUACAUGAAAUGUAUUUUACAUUUGGAGAAAGCACGUCAAAUUGCAAAAAAUGUUCGAAAAAUGUUAAUCAAUUUGUUGAAAAAUAUAAAGAACUUAAUGGAGAUUCUAAUAAUACUGAUAACAGUCCAUAUAGAAAAAUAUUGUCUACAUUAUCAACUGAUUAUAAUAAAUUAAAAGAUAAAUGUAAAGACGCUAAAGAUAGCAAUUUUCCACCCAUUCCAGAGAUAAAAACAACGCAAUCUUCAGUAGUAAGUUCUGAAGAUAAUUCUGCACAAAAAUCUGAGCAUACUGUACAAAAUUCUGAUGUUAUAGCAUCAAAUUCGUCGAUAGUAACCAAAUUAAUUCCAGUUUUAUCGAUAUUUGGUGCAAUAUCAAUUUUUUUGGGAGUUUCUUAUAAGUAUUCGUUAUUUGGAUUUCGGAAACGAUCGCCAAAACAACAUUUAAGAGAAAAGCUAAAAAAAUAA